CUCCUGUUCACCACCUUCGCCUCAUCAGGUGACUCAGACAAGGCUACAAGAAGCAGGCAUAUGUGCUCUGCUACAGGGCUGAGCUUAAGGGAACAUGCUGUGUAAUAUACACCACCUGUGUGCUUCCUGGCGUGGUAUUACUGUGGCUACAGUCGCUACGACAGGCUCAGCAGAGGUCAUUUGCAUACUUUAUGACUCUAGGUAAAAGGGGAUAGCGACCAUGAGAGGAAGGAAGGGAGUGAGAGAGAGGAAAAGGGAUGGUAAAAGCGUGGCUUUUCGUGUGAGUCAGAGGGUCGAGCAGUUAAAACUGGUCAAAUUCAUCUUUAGGCCCCAAGAUGUGCUGAUGGGUGGAAACCAAACCGCUUGGAGGGUUUAUUAAGUGGGCCAGUUGCCAUAGCGACGCUUUGGCAGGAUAUUGCCAGGAUAAGCCAUAAUGGGUCUCCUGACGCAAUUCACUCUGCUCCUGUGGAAGAACUUCACUCUCCGGAAGAGACAAAAGGUGCGACUGAUCAUUGAAGUGAUAUGGCCUCUGUUUCUCUUCUUCAUACUGGUAUGGGUGCGGUCCACCAAUAAGCCAAUUUACAAAGGCCAGUGUCACUACCCAAAUAAAGCCAUGCCAUCAGCUGGUGUGCUGCCCUGGCUUCAAGGUAUGAUCUGUAACAUCAACAAUCCCUGUCUGAACUACCCAACACCAGGGGAGACACCAGGCCAAGUCAACAACUUCAACAAUUCCAUAAUCGCCGGAGUGUUGAUAGAGCUGCAAACCCUUCUGGUGAACAGAUCUAUCCUCAGCAAGGCGAAGUUGCUGGCAGAUGACAUCAAUCAGUGGGCAUCAGUCCUGCCACAGUCUACCCCUGGUAAUGCUCAACCAAUGAUCCUGAGGAGUAUUCUAAGAGAAGAUGAAACUUUCUCCACACAUCUGAGAGAUAAUUUGUCGGUGCCGCCAACAGUCGCAGAAAGCCUCAUGAAUGCUAAAAUUUACGUCAAUCCAAUGAUGGGUAUUCCAAGGCCAGACAGCCUGAGGAGGAUCCUGUGUGAGGGGACAGAUCUGGAUGAGUACGUCCAAUUUAGCAGCCAAGGCGAAAAGGAGGCUUUUCAAAAUGUCAGCUGCUCCCUCACUCCGCAGCAGCUGAUUAACACCCAGCAAGUACUCCUGCAAAACCUGGAUGCGAGGAAAGUGCUUUCUGAGCUACCUUCACCUGUGGAUAUGAAUGGAGCAGACACUGUGACACUGAUGGGGAGCACUGCUCAAAAUGCAUUACCAGUGAUUGAGGAGGUGACCAGGUUGCAGAACUCCAUGAUCUUUAAGGCUGCUAGUUCACUGAAUUUCCAAGAGGACAUGAUUGGCAGUGUCAAUAUGCUUCUGUGUGGAAAGCAGCCUGACUUCAAUUCCACCAAUAUGACCCUCAGUUUACGCUCACCUAGACAGACGGCUAACGACGAGUCUAUCUCCAUUACUGGGAACAGUUCUGAUGCUUUUUGUCAGACUCUUGUCGACACCCUGGAGGGCACACCUGGUCUGCGUAACAUUUGGAGCACCUUCAAGCCGUUAUUGCUAGGCAAAGUCCUCUACACACCUGAUACACCUGCUGCUCGCCUCAUGGUGAAAGAAGCAAACAGCACAUUCCAUGCCUUGGCUAUGUUAAAAGAGCUUGUUGAUAUGUGGGAUGAACUUGGGCCACGUGUUUGGAAUUUCCUUCAAAAUAGCCCUCAAGUAAAUGCAAUACGGGCUUUGCUGGGGAACCCAGUGUUUGCUGCUCUCCUCAACCAGCGUCUCAGUGGCACAGGCUUGACGGCCGAGCUGCUGGCCAACUUCUUGUACAAUGGGCCUCCCGAGGAUCGUCCACCCGGCAUGCCGCCCAAUGACUGGCGGGAUGCUUACAACGCCACUUCCCAAAUCCUGAACCUUCUCUCCAAUGCCCUUGGCUGUUUAGACCUGAAUAAGUUUGAGGCAGUCCCCACUGAAGGCCAUCUGGUGAGCAAAGCACUGGAGCUUCUUAAGAAUGAUACGUACUGGGCCAGCAUUGUCUUUGAAAACCUCCAGCCAGACUCCAGGCACCCCCCUCCUUAUGUCAAGUACAAAAUCCGGAUGGACGUCGAUGAAGUAGAGCGCACCAACAAAGUGAAAGAAAGGUUAUGGUCUCCCGGGGCCCGAGACAACUCCUUUAACGACCUGCGCUAUAUAUGGGGAGGCUUCGCUUACCUGCAGGAUAUGAUGGACCAUGGCAUUAUACGAGCGCAGACGUCAAAGACCCAACCCCUCGGUGUUUUUGCCCAGCAAAUGCCAUACCCUUGUUUUGUGGAUGACGUCUUCAUCCAGAGUAUUGGAGGCAUCCUCCCAAUGUUCCUUGUGCUGGCCUUCAUGUACACUGUGUGCAUGACCAUCAAAGGUCUGGUGCUAGAGAAGGAACUGUGGCUCAAGGAAGUGUUGCGUGCUGUUGGCAUUCAGAACGGCGCCCUUUGGUCUUCAAGGUUCACCGAGAACAUUGUUCUGCUCACAGUUCCCUGCUUGCUCAUAAGUGUCAUGGUUAAGUAUGGUAAAGUGCUGCAGUACAGCGACCCCUCAGUAAUCUUUGUCUUCCUGCUGGUGUUCUGCGUGGCCACCAUCACACAGUGCUUCUUCAUUAGCGUCUUCUUCUCUAAGGCCAACUUAGCAGCGGCAUGCGGUGGCCUCAUCUACUUUGUCCUCUAUCUGCCGCACAUCCUCUGCUACGCCUGGAGGGACGUCAUGGGUUUCGGGGCCAAGGUUGCUGUGAGUUUAUUAUCCUGUGUGGCCUUUGGCUAUGGCUGUGAGAACUUUUCCAAGUAUGAGGAGCAAGGCAUCGGUAUCCAGUGGUACAACAUUGGCAAGAGUCCAGAAGAGGGGGGACGCUAUACGUUCAUUGUGUCCAUCAUUAUGAUGCUCCUUGAUGCUGCUUUAUACUGGAUGCUCACCUGGUACAUUGAGAAUGUCUUUCCAGGCCAAUAUGGAAUCCCUAAGCCAUGGUACUUCCCUUUCACUGCAUCUUAUUGGUGUGGGAGAGCCUCAGUGACUGAUGCUGACCCCGGUUUGCUGAAAGACUCAAGUGCACAUAACGAAUACAUGGAGAAACCACCACCCAAUAUGAAAGCAGGGGUCUCAGUCCGCAAUCUUGUCAAAAUCUACAAGAAUGGAAAGAAGCUUGCCGUGGACGGACUGAGUGUGGACUUUUACGAGAAUCAGAUCACAUCUUUUCUUGGCCACAAUGGAGCUGGAAAAACAACCACAAUGUCAAUUCUGACAGGACUGUUCCCGCCUACGUCAGGCACGGCCCUCAUCAAUGGAUAUGACAUCCACACCGACAUGGACAGCAUCCGGAAGUAUUUGGGAAUGUGCCCACAGCACAAUGUCUUAUUCAAUGAGCUGACAGUGGAGGAGCACAUCUACUUCUACGCUCGGCUGAAAGGACACAGCCGUGAUGAGGUGAAAAUUGAGAUGGACCAGAUGAUUAAGGAUGUUGGUUUACCACAUAAACGGAAGGAUCUUGCUAAGAACCUGUCAGGUGGCAUGCAGAGGAAGCUGUCUGUGGCUAUAGCAUUUGUCGGCGGCUCGAAAAUCGUCAUCUUAGAUGAACCUACAGCAGGAGUGGACCCCUAUGCCCGCAGGGGUAUCUGGGAACUGCUGUUAAAGUACAAACAAGGUCGCACCAUCAUUUUGUCUACACACCACAUGGAUGAGGCAGACAUCUUAGGUGAUCGCAUUGCCAUUAUCUCCCACGGCAAAAUGCGUUGCUGUGGCUCCUCACUCUUCCUGAAGAAAUGUUUUGGCAGCGGCUACUACCUCACUCUGGUCCGAGAUGGGGCUGAAAAGAUGACAGCUCAGCGUAAUGGUAUUAUUCACAGUAAACCCAUUGAGGAGAAAGACUGUCCUUCGAGGAGCAGUCCAGACGAUGGCAUCGGCAGCCAAAGCUGGAGCAGCUCUGAUCCCUCAGAUUUGACAGCCGUGGGUCAGCUUGUGCGGCGUCAUGUCCCCGAGGCGGUCUUCUUGGAGAGCAUCGGUCAAGAGAUCACCUACAUACUGCCCUAUGGUGGGGCCAGAGAUGGGACCUUUGCUCUGCUCUUCCAAGAGCUCGACCUGGCCAUGGCUGACCUCGGUCUGACCAGCUACGGCAUCUCUGACACCACACUGGAGGAGAUAUUUCUUAAAGUGGCCGAAGAUACUGGAGUGGAUGCAGAAAUACAAACAACAAAGGAGCUGUUGGUGAGAGACUGCAAAAGGAGCUCCCGCGAAUCCAAGCGGAACAGCAUCGCCAGCGUCCACACCACACCACACCAAGUCUCUGGACUGAGUGAAUUAAAGGAAAAAUUCACAAGUAAAGUUGAAGACUUAAAGAAGAACGCCAGUGUGAAUGGGAAGGGAUCCACGGUCAUCACUGGGUGGGAGCUGAUCAGGAGGCAGUUCCUGGCGCUCUUUAUCAAGCGCUUCCACCACGCCCGGAGGAGCCGCAAGGGACUCAUUGCCCAGGUGGUCUUGCCUGCUGUUUUUGUGUGCCUGUCUCUGAUCUUCUCGCUCAUCGUCCCGCCUUUCGCUGAAUAUCCCAGUCUGGAGCUGCAGCCCUGGAUGUAUGGUCUGCCUCAGACCACAUUUUAUAGCAACGAUGGGCCGGAUAAUGUGGAGGUGUCUCAAGUGGUGGAAACCUUGGUAAACAACCCUGGAUUUGGAACCCGCUGCAUGAAUGGAAACCCCAUACCGAAAUUACCAUGUUCCCCUAGUGGAUCUGAUUGGUUCGCUCCGUCCGUAGAUCAGUCAAUCACCGACAUCUUUCUCAACGGGAACUGGAGCAUGUCUAACCCCUCCCCAUCCUGUCAGUGCAGCACGCCAAAACGGACGAUCAUGUUACCUGACUGUCUACCUGGUGCCGGGGGCCUCCCUCCACAGCAGAGGAUCCAGAACACAACAGACACAUUGCUGAAUUUAACUGGACGGAACAUGACAGACUUCUUGGUCAAAACUUUUGCGCACUCGGGUAAAACAAGGUACGGAGGGAUCUCUGUCGGAGCGGUCAACUCCCAAGUCCGCAUGACUGAGGGAGAAAUCGAAGCUGCAUUCAGGAAUCUAAAAGACCUACUCAGUUCAUUUCAGGAUAAUGUGACUGAUCAGAUCUUACAGACGUCUGAGACGCUGCUGAAGAAGCUGGGAACCAGGGACAACGUAAAGGUGUGGUUCUAUAACCAGGCAUGGCACGGCAUGGUGUCUUUCCUCAGUGUGGCCAACAACGCCAUCCUGAGGGGAAAUCUGCCAGCGGGACAGAAUCCCCGCCAGUACGGCAUCUCUGUGUCCAAUCACCCCCUCAACCUCACCAAAGAGCAGCUCUCCUUUGUGGCCAUGGCCACAACCUCCACUGACGUGGUGGUGUCCAUCUGCGUUAUCUUUGCCAUGUCCUUCAUCCCUGCCAGCUUUGUCCUCUUCCUCAUCCAAGAGCGGGUGAGCAAAGCCAAGCAUCUGCAAUUUGUCAGCGGAGUGAACCCAGCUGUAUACUGGUUGGCCAAUUUUGCCUGGGACAUGUGUAACUACAUCAUCCCAUGCUUGAUUGUGAUUGUGAUCUUCCUCUGCUUCCAACAAAAAGCCUAUGUUUCCCCUCCUAACCUGCCUGCUCUGAUUCUGCUGCUUGUUUUGUAUGGGUGGUCCAUCACCCCCAUGAUGUACCCUGCCUCUUUCAUCUUCAGCGUGCCCAGCACAGCCUACGUGGUGCUGACCUGCAUCAACCUCUUCAUUGGUAUUAACGGCAGCGUGGCCACCUUUGUUAUGGAGCUCUUUGAUGAUGAUAAAGUCUCCCGCAUCAACGACAUAGUGAAGCAGGUGCUGCUGAUAUUCCCACAUUUCUGUCUGGGCAGAGGGCUAAUUGACAUGGCCAAGAACCAGGCAAUGGCCAUCCUCUUCAGCAGUUUUGGGGAAGAUCGUUUCAAAGAUCCACUGAGCUGGGAAAUGGUGGGAAAGAACCUUUGCGCCAUGUCCAUCCAGGGAGUUGUCAUGUUUGUCAUCACAAUCCUCAUCCAGUAUAAGUUCUUCUGCAAACCGAGGCUUAUUUCAGGGAAGUCAUUAUCUGCAGAGGAAGAAGAUAUCGAUGUUGCUCGAGAACGUGUCCGAGUGUAUGAGGGCAAGGCCCAGAAUGACCUUCUGAGGAUCUAUGACCUCACUAAGGUAUACCCUCGGAAGAGCACCCCUGCUGUGGACAAGCUAUGUGUGGGCGUACCUGCCGCAGAGUGUUUCGGCUUGCUGGGAAUCAAUGGGGCUGGGAAAACCACCACAUUCAAGAUGCUGACAGGAGACAUCCCAGUCUCCAGUGGAGAGGCCUUCCUAAAUGGAUACAGCAUACGAACAGAAAUGAGGGAUGUGCACCAGAACUUGGGUUAUUGUCCCCAAUUUGAUGCUAUUGAUGAGCUGCUUACUGGACGAGAACAUCUGGAGUUUUACGCCAGGUUACGAGGGGUACCAGAAAACGAGGUCACCAUGGUUGCAGAGUGGGGGAUCCAGAAGUUGGGGCUGGUCAAAUAUUUCAACAAGUCAGCAGGAACUUACAGCGGUGGAAACAAACGCAAACUCUCUACAGCUAUAGCCCUGAUCGGUUGUCCUCCAGUGAUCUUUCUGGAUGAGCCAACCACUGGGAUGGACCCCAAGGCCCGGCGCUUCUUGUGGGACUGCAUCCUAAGUGUCAUCAAAGAAGGACGCUCAGUCAUUCUCACUUCACACAGUAUGGAGGAGUGUGAAGCAUUGUGCACACGCAUGGCCAUCAUGGUAAACGGUCGCUUCAAGUGUCUCGGGAGCAUCCAGCAUCUAAAGAGCAGGUUUGGUGAUGGCUACACAGUGAUUGUGAGGGUUGGUGGCUCUCCUCCUGCCUUGAAGCCAGUCGAGGACUUCGUCCAGCAGACCUUCCCAGGCAGUGUCCUGAAGGAGAAGCAUCACAACACUCUACAGUAUCAGCUGGUGUGCACACAGGGAGCUUUGGCCACCAUCUUCAGCCAGUUCACCAGCCAUCAACACAGACUGGGUGUGGAGGACUACUCGGUUUCGCAGACCACUCUGGAUCAGGUCUUUGUGAAUUUUGCAAAGCACCAACAUGGAGAAGAGGAGUCUCAGGCCUACGACAACGCAGUGGACACUUCUGAUGAGCUGCCACUGCAGUCUGUGAAGACCUCCCAAGAAGCAGAGAAGGUGUAACAGCCAUAAGAAAAGAAAGCACUUUACAUUUACAGUGGACCAAAAUUGAAUGGGUGUCAUUUUCACUGAAAAAAUUAUGUAUUCUUGAGUGAGGCUCUGUAUAUGACCCUAAUGAACACAAAGUGCAUAGGCAGGCCUCUUAAAAUGAUCUUUCUCUUAACUUUACACCAUUGCCUAACACUGAUCAACAAUGACAUGCGAAUGAGAAUUAACCAACUCUAAUGCAACAAAUCUAAAAGUAAACAACUCCAAGUGUCUAUAAAUGUGUUGACACUGAUUCUCUACACCUGUAGCACUGAUUAUACAGCCUCCACCCAGCGUGGACACAAUUGAAUGAAUAGAUCUGUCAAAAUCAGUGUACAACCAUGUGGUUGCAAUAUUGAAUUUGACAGACAUUUAACAAACAUGGACAACAUGCCAGUUCAGUUGUGUUUGGAGUAUAUGGCUAAUCUCAGUAUACCUCAAGGGAGUGUAAGGGCCAAAUGAUUCCCUAUAAGCAUUGUACAUUGCACAGCACAUAGGAUACCUCAGCUGUGACCUUCAAAUUAGAUUAUAUUUUAGAUUUUUAUCAGUUGUUUACAUUUGUUGUGCUUUUCUAAUAAUGACAUGUCGAGCUGUAUAACUAUAUAAACUAUAUAAAAGAGGAAAACCUUCCCUGAUGUGUUUUAAAUCCCAGGCUGACUUUGAACUGAUCAGGUUUAACUCACUACUGCAAAAAAAGACUGGAUCACUCAUGUUCACAUUUAAAUGGCAUGUCAGAUGAUAUCAACAAGCGACUGAAGUAAGAAUCUUUUGUCUACACAAAUGUGAAAAGACAUUGCACCACACUUUCGCUGACAGGCGAUCCAAUGAUUGCCACUGAGCAGAACUGAUUAAUAACAACUCUGUCAGAUGUGUUGGCUUUGAAUGUCUGAAUGAGCCUCCAAUCAGCUGUAGACAGCGAUUAAUGAAAGAUGCUGAGGUUACAGCAGUGAGACAAUACAGAGUCAGGCAUCUAAUGCAGUCGUCCUCAAGCUGCAUUAGAUGCAGUGAUCACAAAUGUAAGUGGACACAUCAGAGACACUUCUCGAGAAUUACUAAUGAGCACAUUUAUAUUUUAAGAUUUGAGAUUUCUGUUUUAUCCAUCACUUUUUUUUGCAGAUUCUAAUUACACUAAGAAAUUUCUGUCCUAAGGCAUGCUGAUAUUGGCACUGUUGUGUUAAUCUGUGACGACCAGAGACCAGUGCUAGUAUCAUUGAAUAAAGUAAUACACCUGAUGCACAGAACUCUGCUCUUCAAAGGAAAUCAUUUUGUCCAGUGGUAAUGCUGAAAACCUCACUGACAAUCAGUGAUGACCCUGCAGAGGAAUGUGAUUUAUUUGCAAUGUUAAGAUGUGCUAUCUAUUUUACGUUAUGCAAGUAUAUAGACCAUUUUAUUGCAACUGACCCUUUUCUAAGCCUUGCCUCCCUUAGUUACAUACUUACUUACAUUCAUUUAAAAAAAAAAUUAAAUUAGAAUUACAACAUAGGUGUAAUAUAUACAGAUAUCAUGUUUAAAAAAGCUUUACAGCAGCAAAAUGGUCUACAUCUGCACAACUGACAAAAUAUGAUAUGCAAUAAUGACUCAGGGAUGUUUUACAUGCAAAUGCAAGAGUAAUUCAUAGCUAUGUUCUUAUUGUACUGUACAACACUGUAAGCGUCUAAAUGAUUAAAAACCCAGAAGCUCUUUUCUUAUGUAGCUUACAAUACUUGGCAUUUAACUUCAGAAUUUAAAUACUUCUCCAGUUUGCCCAUCACAAGCACUCUGGUUUACUGUCAGAGCGUGACAUAAUUUGUAUGCUGGGACACUAAGUCCUCACAUUACCAUCAUACCCGUUGCAAAGAAUAAUGGGUCCUAUUUGUACUGAAUAUUGCUUCAUGCCAAGACAAAUGAUUAAAUGUUUGCACAAAUUGUAAUGCCACUGACUGUAAUGUUUGUACACUGCUGUAUUUGUCUGCUGAAAGUCCCUUUGGUUCAACUCA